AUGCACCGCGGUGCGGAGUGCCUCACUAAGGCGCUGCAGCUGCAGCACACCCGCUGCGAGGUGUACCAGCUGUGGGACGCCAAGUUCCACCGCGCUCUGUCGGGCGCAUUGGGUGUGGCGGAAUUUGACGCAACACUCAGCGACACCAUUGUCGCGGCAUUCCAGCAGGUUAGUUCUUCGCUGCGUCAGCUGCAGGACGACAGCNGAGAGGAAGCGGAGGGCGGCAGUGGACUGCACCGGUUUCUCUACGCGUGGAUCGAUCAGGUGCAGCAGCUCGAGCAAGAGCACUACCGUAUCUCCGUCCUGCUGCUGCAGCAACUCGCGGAGCACUGCACCGCCCUGCCGCUCACGGACGGCGCCACACGACCUGUAGACGCGUCAGUCGCAGAGGCGGCAGCAACAACAACAACAACAACAGGGGUGAGAGACCAUGAAAACGGCGAUGCCCAGGACGCGCCCAAGCCGGGCGAUGCGACUGAGGGCGGGAAGCCCGCACCGGCGGUGGGAUGUGGUGCGUACGCAAGCCUGCACGACGCGGAGCACUGUGUUGUGCGGCAUCUCAUCCCUGUGUCGUCGCAGACGGCGCUCACAUACGUCUCGUGUCGCGACGCCACGUCUCUGUGCUCUGCGGAGGAAGAGGAGGAGGAUGCGGAGGAAGGCCGCAGACUGCAUGGUCACAAUGAUGAUGAUGAUGAUGGCGAAGAAGAGCUGGUGCCUUUUGUGCUUCCGACAGGCGUAAAGGCGGCGUACGAUCCACGCGCGGUGCAGCGGCGCUGUCAGGCGUUCCGCGUGGCUGCGCUACCGCUGUGGCAGGCAAGGCGGGCGGCAAGGCAGCGGCUGCAGGACUGCACGGAGGAGCUGCGGGAGGAGCUGGCCAGCGCCGCCGCUGCGGAAUGA